AUGGGUCACUCACGACGCCCACAAGGCGGCGAAAAGAAGAGUCGCUUCGGUCGCAAUAAAGGAGCGGCUGACAUCGGCGACGGUCGUUCCUCUGGAAAGCCGCAAGUUAAGAAGGCCACCUUUGAGCCCACCAAGAAGAAGGAGAUCGGCGUGUCAGACUUGACACUUCUCAGUAAGAUCUCCAACGAGGCGAUCAACGAUAACUUGAAACUACGAUUCGAACAUGGCGAAAUUUAUACGUACAUCGGCCAUGUGUUGGUCUCAGUCAAUCCGUUCCAAGAUCUGGGUAUUUACACCGACAACGUACUCGAUUCAUACCGCGGCAAGAACCGUCUCGAAGUCCCCCCUCACGUCUUCGGAGUCGCGGAAUCCGCAUAUUACAACAUGAAAUCUUAUAAAGACAACCAGUGUGUUAUUAUUUCAGGAGAGUCUGGCGCCGGAAAGACCGAAGCCGCCAAGCGGAUCAUGCAGUAUAUUGCUAGUGUGUCUGGAGGGAGUAAUUCAUCGAUUCAGCAGACCAAGGACAUGGUGUUAGCUACCAACCCUCUGCUGGAGUCGUUUGGUAAUGCGAAAACAUUGCGCAACAACAACUCGUCUCGAUUCGGUAAAUACCUCGAACUCGAGUUUAACGUGAACGGCGAACCGGUCGGAGCCAACAUUACAAACUACCUGCUGGAGAAAACACGAGUCGUCGGCCAGAUUGCCAACGAGCGAAAUUUCCAUAUAUUCUAUCAGUUCACCAAGGGCGCACCACAAAAGUACCGAGACAACUUCGGUGUGCAGCAGCCGCAGUCUUACCUCUACACGAGCCGAUCGAAAUGUUUCGAUGUCCCGGGAAUCGACGACGUGGCUGAAUUCAAGGAUACAUUGGACGCGAUGCAGAGAAUUGGUAUGAGUGAGGCAGAGCAGGACAAUGUUUUCCGCAUGUUGGCUGCUAUUCUCUGGAUUGGUAAUGUUCAAUUCGUUGAGGAUGACUCUGGGAAUGCAUCUAUUUCAGAUCAAUCAGUGGUAGACUUUGUUGCGUAUCUGAUGGAAGUUGAUGGGGCGCAAGUCAACAAGGCUUUGACAAUUCGCCUGAUGGAGACCGCCCGUGGAGGCCGUAGAGGCUCCGUCUAUGAAGUUCCGCUGAAUACUACACAGGCGGUGGCUGUUCGGGACGCAUUGGCUAAGGCGAUUUACUUCAACCUUUUUGAUUGGAUUGUGGAACGUGUAAACCAAUCCUUGACUGCUCGCGAGGCUAUCUCUAACUCCAUUGGUAUUCUGGAUAUUUAUGGAUUUGAAAUUUUCGAGAAGAAUUCUUUCGAGCAGCUCUGCAUUAACUACGUGAACGAAAAGCUGCAGCAGAUCUUCAUUCAGCUGACCUUGAAGGCCGAGCAGGAUGAGUAUGCCCGCGAGCAGAUCCAGUGGACCCCCAUCAAGUACUUUGACAACAAGGUGGUGUGCUCAUUGAUUGAGGAUAAGCGUCCUCCUGGUGUUUUUGCUGCCUUGAACGAUGCCUGUGCCACAGCGCACGCCGAUUCUGGAGCGGCCGACAACACAUUUGUUGGUCGUCUCAACUUCCUCGCUCAGAACCCCAACUUCGAAGGACGCCAAGGCCAGUUCAUAAUUAAGCACUACGCUGGUGAUGUGAGCUACGCCAUCGAGGGUAUGACCGAUAAGAACAAGGAUCAGUUGCUGAAGGACCUCCUGAAUCUGGCUGGAUCCAGUAGCAAUCAGUUUGUCCACACUAUUUUCCCCAACCAGGUGAACCAGGAUGAUAAGCGUCGCCCACCCACCGCAGGCGACAAGAUCAAGGCAUCUGCCAAUGACCUAGUUGCCACAUUGAUGAAGGCACAGCCCUCCUAUAUUCGAACCAUUAAGCCUAACGACAACAAGGCUCCUAAGGAAUACAACGUUGGAAAUGUGUUGCACCAGAUUAAAUACCUUGGUCUGCAAGAGAACGUGCGUAUUCGCCGCGCUGGUUUUGCUUACCGUCAAACUUUUGACAAGUUUGUUGAGCGGUUCUACCUCCUGUCUCCCAAAACCUCGUAUGCUGGCGAUUACACAUGGACGGGGGAUGCGGAAUCAGGUGCCAAGCAAAUCUUGAGGGAUACCAGUAUCCCCGCAGAGGAAUAUCAAAUGGGUAUUUCUAAGGUUUUUGUUAAGACUCCCGAGACCCUUUUCGCUCUAGAGGCCAUGCGCGACCGCUACUGGCACAACAUGGCUAUCCGUAUCCAACGCGCUUGGAGGAACUAUCUUCGUUAUCGUAUUGAGUGUGCUAUUCGCAUUCAACGAUUCUGGCGUCGCAUGACAGGAGGCUUGGAGUUCAUCAAGGUGCGUGACCAGGGACAUCAGAUCCUUCAAGGCCGCAAAGAGCGCCGAAGAAUGAGUCUUUUAGGUUCACGUCGCUUCCUUGGUGACUACCUCGGGGUGGGCAAUAAUGGUGGUCCAGGCGAGAUGAUCCGCAAUGGUGCCAACAUCAACAGCUCCGAAGAGGUUCUGUUCUCCUGCCGUGGCGAGGUCCUUAUAUCCAAGUUCGGUCGAUCAAGCAAGCCGACACCUCGGAUCCUCGUGUUAUCCAACCGUCAUGUGUAUAUUGUCGCCCAAGGUAUUGUGAACAACCAACUCGUUAUUUCCUCCGAGCGCACCGUUCCAAUUGGGGCUAUCAAAGCUGUUAGCACUUCCAACCUGAAGGACGACUGGUUUUCCUUGGUGAUCGGAGCUCAAGAACCAGACCCAUUGUUGAACUGCGUUUUCAAGACCGAAUUCUUUACUCACCUGCGUACCGCUUUGCGUGGGUCAUUGAACCUCAAGGUUGGAGAGAGCAUUGAGUACAACAAGAAACCCGGAAAAUUGGCUUUUGUUAAGACCGUUAAGGAUCCCGGCUCUAGCAAUGUUGACAGCUACAAGAGUAGUACCAUUCACACCACUGGGGGUGAACCUGCCUCUUCCGUCUCAAAGCCAACUCCUCGACCAAAACAAAUUGCUGCUAGACCAGUAACCAAGGGCAAGCUAUUGCGCCCGGGUGGCCCAGGUGGUGGCCCAUCGAAGCUUUCCUCAGCUGCUCGCAGCCGACCUACACCUGCUGCACAGCCCCUACCUCAAGCGAUACCUAAGCCCGCUCCAGUCCCUCAGCCGGCUGUGCAGUCACGGAUUGUUCCUCAGCCUGUUGCUGCUACCCAAGUUUCACACUCACACACUUCUUCUACGAGCUCUGUAAGAGCUCCGCCUCCACCUCCACCACCUGGACCCCCGGCCGCGAAGAAGUCUACACCUACCGCCAAGGUCUUAUACGACUUCAACAGUGACCGGGCAAAUGAGCUGUCUAUCAAGACUGGCGAGAUCGUGCAGAUUGUGUCGAAGGAAGGCAAUGGAUGGUGGCUGUGUAUGAACACCACUACCUCUUCCCAGGGCUGGACCCCCGAAGCUUACCUUGAGGAGCAAGUGGCUGCAACUCCUAAACCUGCACCUCCUCCACCUCCCCCUGCCGCACGAGCAACUCCUAGCCCUAUCCCCAACGGAGGUGGCGCAGCCGCCGUCGCAGCCGCGAAGACAAAGCCUGCUCCACCGGCACCCCCAGCCAAGCGACCUAACAUGGCUGGUCGGAAACCCGCUCCCCCACCAGCCCCUCGUGACAGCACCGCAAGCAUGGCUUCCGGCGAUUCAUCUGGGGCCAGCGGUCGCGGUACACCGAACAGCACAUCCAAUGCUAGCUUGGCGGGCGGCCUGGCAGAGGCUCUGCGUGCUCGCCAAAGUGCUAUGCAGGGGAAGCACGAUGAUGAUGACGACUGGUAG